AUGCAGAACCUGCAAAGUGAGAUAAACACCCUGCAACGUAACACUGAUGGAAGCAGCGGUAGGGGCAGUGGCUGGGUCAGAGGCAGGCGCAGCGGAUGGGGCAGAGGCAGGAGCAGAGAUUGGGGCAGAGGCAGGAGCAGCGGCGGUUGGGACAGAGGCAGAGGCAUAGGAAAUGCCAGAGGAAGAGGAAUCAGAACUAUCGUAUCCAAUAGACGGCCAGGGAGAGCAGCAUUGCAACGAUCGCGUGCAAAAUACCAAGAACGGCGAAAAUUACGCGUUCUUGCAGCAAUUGCAGAAGCAACGAAUAAUUUGCAAACAAGCAAAGGAGGGCAGGAGCAGCAGCAGCAGCAGGAGCAGCAGCAGCCCUUUGAAAAUAAACAUCUAAAGCUGCAGAAGCUACGGAAAGAAAUGCAGAAACUGCAAAAGGAAAUAGAGACACUGCAAAAUAAUAGUGAUGGAAGCAGCGGCAGGGGCAGUGGCUGGGUCAGAGGCAGGAGCAGCGGUUGGGUCAGAUGCAGGAGCAGCGGUUGGGGCAGAGGCAGGGCUAGGGGCUGUGGCAGUGGGAGGGGCAUAGGAAAUGCUAGAGGAAGAGACAGGAGACAACAUAUAACUAUAAUAUAUCAGAAAUAUGCUACUUUGCAUUUAUAA